AUGCAUCUAUUUUCUACGCUCCUAACCUUGGCCUUGCUGGCCACUGCUAUGGCUCAUGCGGGGCCACACGAUAUCCUGAGUCGUAGCGAGAUCAGUCGUCGCUCCGCAAUGGGUUUGAAGUGUCGCGAGAACGUUUCCCAGUACCAUAAGCGGCGCUGGAAACGGAACAUCGACCGCCGCUGGCAUGGUCACAACACUACAUUCUCUGUUCACACCGAGGCACCCUACUUCGAGACUAUCCAGAACGACACUUGCGUGUUGACCCCCGAGGUCACUGAGGGACCCUAUGUCUACCCCCCCUCGCAAACGCUCCGCCGGGACAUGACUGAGAACCAGCCCGGUGUACCGCUGUGGCUAGAUAUUGGUGUUCUCGACAUGGCCACAUGCGAACCUCUCGAGGAUGUUCUUAUCGAUAUGUGGCACUGCAAUGCUACUGGAUCCUACUCCAGCUUCACGCACCUGUCGCCCAACACUCCUUUUGUCGAGCUCCUCAAUGAGCUGGGCAUCAAUGGGAGCGACUACAAAAUUGGAAUCACUGACCUGCACACCGAUAAUACUACCUUCCUGCGCGGAAUGUGGCCUACCGAUAAACAUGGUAUGAUGGAAAUGAAGACCAUCUUCCCUGGAUUCUAUGUUGAGCGUACAAUCCACAUCCACGUUCAAGUUCACACCGACUGGACUCUCCGUGAAAACGGUACCAUUGUCACAGGAAACGUCGUGAGCACUGGCCAGCUAUAUUUCGACGAAGCGCUGGCAGAGAAGAUCAUGUCUCUUGAGCCUUACGCCUCUCACACGCAGAUAAACCGUACCACCAACGCCGAGGACUCUAUUUUCCCUUACGACACGGCUGGAGGCUUCAACCCUGUGGUCGAUAUCGUGCCCAUGGAUGGAAAGGACGUAACCAAGGGAAUGAUUGGUUACAUUACCCUAGGUGUUGACACCAGUGCCAUUGAACAUGGUGACAACUAUGUGGGUGUGUUAUAG